AUGUCGAAGAAUAAGAAGUCUAGCUUAGGUCGCCAAAAGAUCCCAAUUGAGAAAAUACCCAAAAAAAGUCAUUUGCAAGUUACAUUUUCUAAACGUCGUUCAGGACUCUUUAAGAAAGCUAGCGAACUUUGCACCCUUUGUGGGGUAGAGAUUGCAAUUGUAGUUUUCUCUCCAGCUGAUAAGGCAUUCUCUUUUGGCCAUCCAGAAGUUGAGUCCCUCAUCGACCGUUACAUGACACGAAACCCUCCACAAGAGUCUAGUGCUCACCAACUUGUUGAGGCGCAUCGAAAUGCUAAUGUUCGUGAUCUCAACAUGCAAUUGACUCAGCUUUUUAACCAUUUGGAGAUUGAAAAGAAGCGAGGGGAAGAGCUUGAUCAUGUGAGGAAAGCUAGACAGAGACAGUUUUGGUGGGAGAGUCCUAUUGAUGAGCUUGGAUUGCAUGAAUUGCUACAGGUGAAGGCUUCAAUUGAGGAGCUCAAGAAAAAUAUAGAAAAACAUGCUACCAAAUUCAUGAUGGACCAAUCUAAUAUAUCACCUUCACCAAUUGUUGGGGCUAAUGGACUUGCACAUUAUGAUGCCUUUGAGAACAAAUCUGGUGGUGGGAUUAAUAUUGCUUCAACACUUCCUAAUGCUCAUUAUCUCGGUUUUCGGAAUGGGUAUCUCUGA